AUGGGUAAGAGAAAGUCCUCCGCCAAGCCGCAAGCCAAGGUCAAGCAGGUUCUAGACACCACGUUCCAGUGUCUCUUCUGCAACCACGAAAAGUCCAUCAUCUGCACCUUGGACAAAAGAAACUCCAUCGGGCAGUUGCACUGCAAGAUCUGUGGCCAGACCUUCCAGACACCACUUAACUCCUUGUCACAGCCCGUCGACGUCUACAGCGAUUGGGUAGACGCCUGCGAAGCGGUCGCCGAAGAGUACGAGAAGAACAAGACCUCCAAGAGCGAUAACGAGGAGGAAAAUGAAAAGGGUGAAAAUUAUGCCGACGAUGAUGAUGAAGAUGACUACGCUUAA